AUGUCGAGCACCGACAGUGACGACAAUGCCGCCUCACGGCUGCAAGAGACGAUUGCGAGCCUAGAGCCCCGAUGCAUUACCGUAGCAGUCAACCCGGUAGCUCUCGUCGUCACGGAAUGUAUUACCGUCACGUCGGCAAUGCGAAAGCAUGCCCGCUGGGCGCACUCGUCAGUCGCGGCGAUACUGGGGAGUUCCUCGAACAAGACACCAGCUGUCCAGCGGCGCGAUCGUACUGGCCAGGGCAUUGCAGGCGCAGGAGAGCAAGAUGAGGCCGUCCCGAGCAGGUGGGGAUUGCGAGGAAAGAAGGGCAAGAGCAUGCAAGACAACCCGCUCAUGUCAGCAUUCGCGCGCCUGAGGAAUGAUUUGAAAGGCUGCAAAGAUAUCGGGACCUUUGACACUCCCUCUAUGCUCCACCCCUUCCUCCAGGUCAUUCGCUCCUCUUCCACAUCGGCGCCCAUAACUUCGCUUGCCCUCAUCGCUAUAACAAAGUUCCUGUCAUACGGCAUCAUCAGCCAUGACUCCCCACGCCUUCCUGAAGCUAUGCAGCAGCUUUCUUCCGCCAUCACACACUGUCGUUUCGAGGCUAGCGACUCUCCCGCCGAUGAAAUUGUCCUGCUUCGCAUACUGAGGCUUAUGGAAGUCAUGAUCUCUGGCCGUGGGGGAGAAGUAUUGGGCGAUGAGAGCGUGUGCGAGAUGAUGGAGACGGGCCUGAGCAUGUGUUGUCAGGCAAGGCUAUCAGAGCUGCUCCGAAGGUCUGCUGAGAUUGCCAUGGUGUCCAUGUGCCAGGUCAUAUUCCGGAGACUGAAAACACUCGAGGUCCAGUCGCCAGAGGAGUUGGAGGCCAUGGACGAAGAGCUAGACGGCAAGGAUGAUCAAGACGGUCUACGUAUGGAUCCAACGGCAAAUGGCGAAAGCGACUCUGCACAGCAUAAGGUCGAGGCACUUCAGCAGCCAAGCGACCCGGAGAAGGGUAUUGAAGACAAUGACGCGGCGAAUCCGGCUAGCAGUACUCUAGAUCUUCCCGCAACAGCUGCGGACGGACAGCCACAAGUCCCUGUUGAGAUCAAGCCAUACUCGUUACCGUCCAUAAGAGAGCUCUUCCGAGUCCUCGUUGACUUGCUUGAUCCGCACGACCGACAACAUACUGAUACUAUGCGUGUCAUGGCAUUGCGCAUUGUCGAUGUUGCCCUUGAAGUCGCCGGGCCUUCGAUAGCAAGCCACCCCAGCCUAGCAAACUUGGCAAAGGACACCUUGUGCCGGCACAUCUUCCAACUGGUCAGGUCAGAUAACAUGGCAAUCUUGAACGAGUCAUUACGAGUUGCCGGUACACUGUUGGCAACGUGCAGAAAUGUGCUCAAGCUACAGCAGGAGCUCUACCUCUCAUACCUGGUAGCCUGUCUCUUCCCGCGCGUCGAAAUACCAUCAGAGCCCGGCAUCGAACCUUCACUGUACGAAGGCGUCCCACAUGCGCCUAGUCUUAUCAAGCAGCCACCAAAGCAACCGAAUGGGAGUGGUCGUGCGACUCCGGUACCUGUCAAGGACCGACAAAAGCUGGGGCUCGAGGGUGGCGCCCGAAAACCUGACGCUCGUGAAGCCAUGGUAGAGAAUUUGGGUGGCCUAGUACGAAUACCAUCGUACAUGGCAGAGCUCUUCGUCAAUUACGACUGCGAGAUUGAUCGCGGGGAUGUCUGCAUGGAUAUCGUAGGCCUCCUCUCAAGGAAUGCUUUCCCAGAUUCCGCAACAUGGAGCACAGUCAAUGUGCCUCCCCUAUGUCUGGAUGCCCUGCUCGGCUUCGUCCAAUCCAUGGCAGAUCGAUUGGAUGACGAGCCUGUAACCGAAGGCUAUCCCAGUGUUGAGUCUCUGCGUGCGCAGCGAGCUCGUAAGGCCAUCAUUAUCAAAGGUGCAACCAAAUUCAACGAGAAGCCCAAGGCCGGUAUUGCCUAUCUAGCUUCGCAAGGCGUUAUCAGGGAUCCAGACGACCCUCAGUGCAUUGCCGAGUUUGUCAAAGGUACUACGAGAGUUGACAAGAAAGUUCUUGGAGAAUUCAUCUCGAAAAAGGGAAAUGAGGCGAUACUGAGUGCUUUCAUCAGCUUGUUUGAUUUUACUGGACAACGCAUUGAUGAAGCGCUUCGACAGCUUUUACAUGCUUUCCGUCUUCCGGGCGAAUCCGCAUUGAUUGAGAGGAUCUUGACGGAAUUUUCCGAAAAAUACUUCUCCAUGGCACAACCAGAGGAUAUUGCCAACGUUGACGCCAUCUAUAUUCUUACAUACGCAGUCAUUAUGCUGAACACUGAUCAGCACAACCCAAACAUGAAGCAGAAACGCAUGCAGCUGGAAGACUUCAGGAAGAACGUGCGUGGCGUGAAUGACGGAAAGGACUUUGACCCGGAGUUCUUGGGAGCAAUCUACGAUUCCAUCAAGAACCGCGAAAUCAUUCUUCCAGAGGAGCAUAGCGACCGCAAUGCUUAUGACCAUGCAUGGAAGGAACUAUUAGUCAAGUGUCAAUCAACCUCGGACAUCAUAAUCUGCGAAACUAACAUAUUCGAUGCCGACAUGUUUGCCGCGACCUGGAAGCCAAUUAUUGCGACCCUGUCGUAUGUAUUCAUGUCUGCCACCGACGAUGCUGUCUUCUCCCGCGUCGUACAAGGCUUUGAUCAGUGCGCUCAGAUCGCAGCAAAAUAUGGCCUAACUGACGCUUUGGAUCGAAUUAUUUCGUGUCUGUCAUACAUUAGUACAUUGGCGCCGGAUGUGCCACCGAGCACGUCACUCAAUACUGAGGUGCAAGCCGAUAAGAAGAGCGUCAUGGUCAGUGAGACAGCAGUACGAUUUGGUCGCGACGGCCGAGCACAGCUAGCAACUGUUGUAUUAUUCCAGGUCAUCAAGGGCAACGAGGCAUCAAUACGAGAUGGUUGGCAACAUCUUAUCCGCAUCAUGGUCAAUUUAUUCGUCAACUCAUUGAUACCACCCUAUUUCCUCUCCUUCCAGAAGACCCUCGCACUGUCGCCAAUACCACUCCAGAACCCAGCACAAGUCAUCGAUCGGGCAGAACGCCCGGCCGAUACUGGUAUCUUCUCAGCUUUGACGUCAUAUGUCUCGAGUUUUGCGAAUGACGAGCCCCCUGAGCCCUCAGACCAAGAGGUCGAGUACACGCUCUGCACUGUGGAUACCGUCAAGGAAUGUCACUUUGAAGACAUUCUUGCCAACAUCAGUCAACUCCCCGUGGAUUCACUACGAUCUUUGCUCAUGUCGCUGUUGGAGCAUUUGCCAGAAGAUGGCUCACCAAGAGUCAUGGUAGUAAAGCCAGAGAUACCAGGGACGAGUCCGCGAGCGCCUGGCCCAAGACAAAAGGGCAAGGGUCCACUCUAUGAUCCAAGUCUGGUAUUCGUUCUCGAGCUAGCGACUGUACUCGCCCUACGGGAUGACGAGACUGUGAAGGAGCUUGCGAAGGAUGUGACGGAUGCUUUGGUGUCCGUCAUUCGCGAUGCUCCCAAACAUCACUACGUGGUCAUUGCGCGAUCUGUGUACUACCUGCUGAGUCUGCUCAAGGCCAGCAACGAUUACGACUUCAUCCGAGCACCCGUCCUCAUGCACACCUUCUCGAGCUUCAAUGAUUCACUCUUGCACGAGUGCGCGCAACCAAUCCUCAAGGGUCUCACAGACUGCUGCAAAGGGCCGAAUGCGCUACGCAGCGAGCUCGCCGGCUCGCCAGACUUCUGGACCAUUUUGAACAGGCUGGCUAGUGUGCCCAACGCCGCUGGAGACGUGUUCCAGCUUGUCGAAGAUCUCACUACUUCAUCCCAACCCGGCGUAACAGCGGACAAUUACGAGGCCGCAAUUGCACUUCUCAAUGAGUUUGCAACUGCCGCUCAAGUAGGCGCUAGAGAAGAGCAACUGUAUGACCAGGCAGCAAGGCGCAACAAAGGACAGAAGACCAAGAAGCCCGAGAACAGCGAGGUUGUAGUACGUGGGAUCACAGCUAUGAGCAUCGUCUUCCAACUUUCUAGCAGAGUGCCAAACUUUAUCGAGCAGUCACAUCUCGAGACAACUGAGGCAUGGACAGCAUACUGGUCUCCAAUUCUAAAAACACUGGCGCACCAAUGUCUCAACCCCUGCCGCACCCUCCGCCAACAAGCCUUCUCAUCCCUCCAACGUACCCUUCUUUCCGCAGACCUUGCUUCCCCCGACCACAAAGAAUGGACGGCCAUAUUCACUGAAGUCCUCAUCCCCCUCGUCACCCAGCUCCUCAAACCAGAAGUCUACCAAUCCGACCCUCUGGGCAUGAGCGAGACGCGUGUCCGCGCCGCUACCCUUUUAAGCAAAGUGUUUCUACACUACCUCACCCUGCUAGAUGGUAUCGGCGAAAAGGCAUUGUUUGAGGAUCUCUGGAUUACCAUUGUAGGUAUCAUGGAUCGACUAGGUAACUCAGGUCAGGGCGAUAUGGAAGAGGCAGUGAAUGAGAAUCUGAAGAACAUGUUACUCGUGCUUAGCACUGGUGGGUAUCUAGCGCCGCCGGAUGAGAAGCCAGAGCGGGAGAGUCUCUGGAUCGAGACGUGGAAGAGGAUUAAUAGAUUCCAGCCGGCACUGUUCAAGGAGCUGUUUCCUGAGGAGGCGAGCAAGCCUAUCAAGGCGAGAGAGAUGGAUGUUUCGGUGCGUGGAGGGAGAGAGCCAGCUGGCGAGGAGAAGGGUGGUGAGAGCGAAGAUGAGAAGGAAGAAGAGGGAGAGAAGGAGGGGUAG